AUGUCAAUCACGUCGCGCAGCCAAAGCUCCUCCCCAGAUAUUCUCGGCCCUCCAGGAGACGCCGACUACUUGAUCUCCUCUCCGAUUAAACCAUUUACCGGUCGCCAAAGCUGGAUGUCUCCCGCCAUAAUAAAACGUCAGCAAACACCGGCCAAGCGACCGCGCGCGAGCCUCAGCCCGGGGAAGAGUGCGCAUUCGAUCCGCUUCAAUGAUUUCUUGCUUCCUGGUUCGCCGAGCAGGAAGCUGACUGGUCGCCAAAGGUCACUCUCCCCGGAAAAAAUUCAACAAGAUGGCAACGUGAGCCCGUGGCGUAUUAGGGUCACGCUCGAGGCAACACAAGAUGAAGAGAACCAUGUCGAAGCCAGCCCGUCGCGCAAACGACGUCGACCCUCUACCGUAACAACAAUGGUUCCUUUGAAAGACGAGCGCAGCCCUUUGAUGGAAAGAACACCCGCAAGAAAGCGUGGGCGCCCACGGAAGUCGGACACCCUUCCUCAGAAUGGAUCGCCAUGGCCAGGAAGCCCAGGACACACCCCCGGUCCAAACGAAGCCAGUACGGAGAAAAGGAAGCGCGGCCGACCACGAAAGGGUACCCCGAAGCCACAGCAACAGGAAACACUUAUCGCCGAGGAUGCGCCAACGCCAGCACAACCCUCGCCAAUGGAUAUGACUGCGGACGUUGCUGAUAUGGGUCUUGAUGAUGCGGGUCGUCAAUUGAGCCCGAUCAACUUGGCAGCGGACGAAGGUUUCGAUAGUGACUCUCUUGGAGCCGAUGACUUACCCGUUGCAAAUCUUCGCGCACCAACACCGGCGCAGCUCGAAACCUGGAACAAUGAUACUGGCCGCAAGUAUGGCAGAGCUACCUAUGAUACCCCGAUUAUUGGAGAUACAGAGCACCAUUUCCAAGAUAACGAUCAAAACAUACAUUCCACUCCUUCUAAGAUGCCAUCACCAACUCGAGAAAGGCAAGGCUCGUCUGCUAGAUCAUCGCGCCGCGGCACAACCUCAUCACCACGCACCUACCCAUCUCCUAGUCCAACUUCUUCGCCGGGCGAGGAAGAAAAUCGGGCUCGAGAGGAUCGCCUGCAAGAAAUUGAAGAGACCGAUCAACAGCACUCUACGUAUGAUGCAGUAGAAGACCCGACUGAUGACCAUGAAGAGUUCGAUUCCAUCAUGGAAAGUGAGGGCUUCACAAUGGUUUCCUUGGAUACUCUUCCCUCGGCCAAACAGUUCGGACUUGGACCUGGCGCUAGAAAUGCUACAGAUAAUGCUUCAAAAAUACUGAGGGACCGAGAGAAGGGCCUUAUCGGUGAACGAUUGAAGCGCAAGUUGGGUGGAGGCAUUGAUGAUCUACGAAGCGACAGUCACAGCUCUGCAAGGCCGAGUCCUUUGGCUCAAGGACUUUCUCCCGUUUCACAAAGCCCACAGUACCCUCAGCCGGAGCCAAUUCAUCCAAGACAGCAAACUUCACCACAUCCGGUGUCGUACCCUAACCUCCAUGAAACAGAGUCACCCGAGAAACCACAUGCCGAACAAGCUGGUACUUUUGAGCCCGAGGAAGAUGAGUUCCAGGAUGAUGUUGAGUAUGAGGAAGAUGAAUUUGAACAACCAAAUCAAGACGAGCUGGAUUUGGAGGAAGGUGGAGAAGAAGAUGAGCCUGUGAUGGUCGAAUCACCGCAGUCCGUAAGAAAAAGCCCGCCGCAACAUAGUCCAGCGGGCUUAAGCCAGGAUCGAGAACAUCGAUGGCAAAGGGAUCGAGAAAUUGUCAGUCGGCAUGCAGCGGAUGCGAUGAAUUCAGGGCGCCUCAUAUACAUCGAUAGUGAUGACGCCCCUCCUGAGGAUGCUGAUGGCAAGGCACUGGAGGACCUUCAGUCUGAUGCGGACCCAGUCAUUGAGGAACAGCCUUUCGACGAGGAACCUGAUGAAGAACCCGUCAACGAAGAGCCGUUCGAUGAAGAACCCCUUGAUGAACCUCUUGAUCAACAUAUCCGUCAACCUCCCCGCCAAACCAUUUACCAACCUCUGUAUGAACCCCUUGAUGAAGAACCCAUUAAUGAACCUCUUUAUGAAAAUCGCAAUCGACCUUUCCACCAAAGGGAUCCCCAAUCGCGCUAUGAGGUUCUUGACGGAAAUUUUGAUGAAGAAUUUGUCGAUGAGGAAAAUGACAAUGAAGAACCGCUCGACGAGGAACUGCUUAAUGAAGCACCUGAGUAUCUAGAGCCAGGAGUGAUGCCGGGGUCACAGCCCUCUCGGGAAGCCGGGCCGGAUAACAUCUUGGAAGAAGACGAUGAAUCCGUUGACAUUUGGCAGCAAGAGAAAGAUGUUGACGCCGAUGUGAAGAAGUCAGAAACUAGGUCACACCAUACCAGGUCUCAAGAAAGAGAUUUGGAACCGGAAGUGCCCGACGAGGAUGGCUUUGAUGACAUCUGGCAGCAAGAAGCACGAGAUCACAGUUAUAUUUCACAGCAGUCGGAUGAUUAUGGGUCACCUGUUCAAGAAAGCAAAAGCCCUUGGAAGAGGAUUGCUCGUAGUUCAGCGCAUCAGGGUAAUCUGAGCUCAUCCCCGGCUUACGUGACUGUGGAGCAUGAUGAUGCCCGGUACUUUGAUCGAACCCACAUUCGCAAGCUGCGCGAUCAAGAGGUUGAUCUAUCUGCUAUCAUGGCGAAAGAGGACACCCCUAACAGAGCCCGCUACUACAACGGAACAAGCACCCCAAGGAGUAUAUUGCGCCGGCCAGGCCUCCAAAGCUCCAUCAAUGAGUCCGCAAUGAAACCUGCCUCGCAAAAGCCAGAGAAAAGGGUGCGUCUGCAACCUAUCACCCAAAGCCCAGAGAGAGUUUCAGAAGUGGAAGACUCGCCUGCCGCGCAUCGAAGCUCGCAAUUUUCGCCACCGAAUGAAAUCCAUGCCAAUGAAAGUAUUUCAGGCUCUGACAAUAACGAUUCUGGGCAGGACUUCACGGCUACUCCAGAACCUCCGCACCAGCAAGAGGGGGAGCCCGAAGCAACCUGGUUCCAAAGAAUUACCAGCCUGACUCCCAGGUGGCUCAAAGCCCCACCCAAGUCUCGUUAUGACGAUACUUCUAGCGAAGCCUCUGAGGCCGAACAAGACUACGAGCAAAGUGACGAAGAAGAACCUGAGCAUAUGCAAUCGGCACCCGACAUCCGGGAGGACUCUGAGCACGAACCUCUUUCCAGUCCAUCGCACCAAUCAUCUGUUGGACAGGUGGACGAAUCGGCAAGAUCACCGUCUGUGGAUGAGGAAGAUCACCUGCCUUCCAUUGAGGAAGAAGCAGAGGAUCCCUGGAUUCAACCAGAAGUACCUGAGGACGCCAUGGAAUACGAUCCUGUGGCCGAUCAUGAUAAGCUAGAACGUCCGAAACCGCGUCCACGACCUCUGGCUGUCUUUGGCUACUUUUCUGAUGCCCAUUAUAAUUCUCUUCGGCGGAUCUACCGAAUGGCAAAGCGACACCCCGAGCGCUUCCCAUAUUUCGAUGCGCCUGGACGCGCUGAGAUUAUGGGCGACUGGAUGUGGACCUCAGACGGACAUCACGGGGUGCCUAUCACUGAAGUGCAAUUUGCUGUGAUUGAUCGUUUCGUACAUGAACUGUCGCACGCCGACAUCGAGUACGGCGGCAGUGGGCAGGUAGAUUGGACUGAAGCCGAUCUACAUCGGAGGCUGAUCAGCGUCAUCAUUGGCGAGCAAAUCCGAGAGGAGCGAAAAGCAAAGUCACUCCGAGGGGGCUCAGUUGAUACCUGGCGAUGA